AGCCAAUGGUGAUCGUUGACAAGAGAACAUGUCUAGGCAUGAUACUAGGGCAACACGUGGAGAGUUAGUAAUUCAGUCGAAUAUUGCUGAUAUCAGUGUUAGGAGAGGUAACUUAGAUUGGAAAAGCCCUUAUUAUCAAUAAUCUUCUUGAGAUGGAAGACUUAGGUUUUAAUAGUUUAUUUCAUGGGUUUAGUGAAUCCAGACAGUAUCUUAAUUCCUCUCAUGCUAAAAUGCCCAUAGACAUUCAGAAUUUACUGUAUACACCAGCUAGAAGGAAAAGUCGAAAACAUCAGCGUUGCCUUAAAUACAAGGCCUUCCUGGAAAGAAAUAGUGUGCUGGAUACUAAAGAUUCAGAAAAGCAUAAGAAUCUAAAACAGAAAGACAAAUGCUCCACUACUUAUACAAGCAACCACUGCAGUUGUCUGCAGUCAUGUGAAGGGAAUAAUCACUGUGAUGUGAAUAACCAGUCUGCAAAACUAGAAGAGAUUAAGGCUUUACUGGUUACUCUCCCUGUUACGUCUCACUGUUCUUCUGGACCAGCUAAUGACUAUGACAGUGGGUUGUCUAUGCCAAGUAGCUCUGCCUCCAGUAGGCCUUCCUCACCGGUCACUUGGUUAAAGCCCGGCAAAUGUGUUGCCAUUGACUGUGAGAUGGUUGGUACUGGUCCUGCUGGGAGAAUCAGCGCAUUGGCACGGUGCAGUGUGGUUAACUACAGAGGGGAUGUUGUGUAUGAUAAAUACAUCAAACCAGAGCUGCCCAUCACAAACUAUAGAACCAAAUGGAGUGGGAUUACCAAACGCCAUAUGAAAAAUGCCAUACCAUUUAAGGUUGCUCAGAAAGAGGUUCUGAAGAUCCUGAAGGAUAAAAGAGUGGUUGGACAUGCAUUGCACAAUGAUUUUAAAGCUCUUAAGUAUUUCCAUCCCUCUGAGCAAACGAGAGACACAAGUAUGAUGCCUUUGCUAAACCAAAAGGCAGGCCUUCCUCUGAGACCAAGUGCAUCUUUAAAAAAUCUUGCGUUGCAUCUGCUCCACAAAAAUAUUCAGGUCUGUAAGAAGGGCCACUCGUCAGUAGAAGAUGCACAGACAGCCAUGGAACUGUACAGGAUAGUGGAAGACGAGUGGGAGCAGGACCUCCUUCACUGCUGUGCAAACUACAGUGCUGAUGACACAAUGUUAGAUAAUAAACAUUACAUGGAAGACCAGUACUGGCCAUCAGACUUAACAGAAGAUUGCAAAUAAGGGAUUCUAAUUUAUUGGACGGUUCGAAUACUUUUAACUGUUAUGUUAAACUUGACACCUGGUAAUUUAUCUGCACCUGAAGAUAUUUUUUUAUUUCCACUAAAAACGUAUCUGACUAAAAACUGUGGAAUGCUGAUCAUUGACUAACUAAAAAAAAAACUCAAUUUAUAUCUACAUAGGGAUAUAUUCUAUACUGUAAAGUUGUAAAAUUAUUCGUGUGGACACCCUAAGAGAUCUUUAAAUCCUAGCCUGUCUGUGUUUUAAAUGGACUUAAAACUCACAUUUUUUUUUCUUUUAUGAUUCAGAUAAAACAUAUUAUUUUAAGCAACUUUCCAAUGUACUUGAAUUAUCAAAUUUUCUUUGUUUUGUUGUUAUCCUUUGUUGAAAAGCAGGAAGGUAAGUUCAGCGGUGUGCACGUUUCUGCAAUACUAUAUGGUAGCAGCUUUGCAACAAUGUUAUACAUUAGCAAGAGCACUAGAUGGCAGCACUGUUUCCUGUCAUGUAGUGCUCCACACGUGCAUGCUAGUUAUCUCUUCAACAAAGAAUUACAGGAGAAUGAAGCAAAUUUGAUACUAGAAGUAAACUGCAAACUUCUUUAAAUUCUUUGCUCUAUCUGAAUAAUGAAAGUGAAAUUUUGGGUUUCAUGUCCCAUUAAAGUAUGGAGCCAAUAAAUACUAAAACAUCACUUUCUUAUUCUAGAUUAUAUGUUGAUUUGGGAAUUAUGUGACACCAUUUACUAUUGUUCAUAUAUUCCAUUGAUAAAAGAAAAUAAUAAUGCCACUGCCAUAUAAAUUUAUAAUGGUCAACUCUCUAAUGUGUUGACAUAAUGUGUCCUGCUUAUUGAUAUUUUACUUUUAUUCUUGUCUUCAAGAGAACUUUAAACUGUAAAAUAAGAUACAAAUUGUUGCAUGGCUAUGCUGCUAUCAUAAUGCAUUUGCUCUCAUUGACUCAAAUUGUAAUUGUGAGAUGAUGUAGGAGUCUAACUAUGUUAAAGGAAUAGUAAAGUCAAAAUUAAACUUGCAUGAUUCAGAUAGAGCAUGUCAUUUUAAGACACUUUAAAUUCACUUCUAUUUUCAAAUGUGCUCUUGUUAUCCCUUGUUGAAAAUGAAUACGCACAUAUCCUACACUAGUGGUAGCUGCUGCUAAUUGGUGCCUGCCCACAUUUGUCUCUUGUGAUUGGCUAAAUAGAUAUUUUCAGCUUACUACUGUCUCUUCAGCAAUGGAUAGCAAGAGAAUGAAGAAAAUUUGAUAAUAUAAUUAAAUUGGAAAGUUGUUUAAAAUUGUAUGUUCUAUCUGAAUCCUAAAAGAAAAUUUUGUGGUUUACUAUCCCUUUAAGUCUUGCAAAGCAACUGUGUCAUUCAUUGCAAAUAUCCUGGUACAUUAUGUUGUCAUGUAGACAUUGUAGAAAUCAAUAUAGCUAAUAUUUAAGUAUUUUAAAUUAUUAAUGUUUAUUAAACUGUUGCUAAUGUAAACUAUUCAACUGUACAGUAUAGAUAUUGUUUAAAAUAAAAGUCUAUCUCACUA